AUGACAAAGGCCACAGAAACUUUUGUUGCUCUUUUCGCCGUUUCGGCGGUUUACUUUGCUUUAUGGACGGGUGUCAUUCCUACUGGAAAGUUGAUCCACGAUGAGAUUUUGCCUUACCUACCAUGGUGGGCUUUGGUGACAUUUGGAGCUUACGCUUUGGGAACUUUGGGCUGGGGUGUUUUGACCUUUAAAGACAAGGAGCAGAGCUACAAGGAAUUGUUGGGCCAGAUCGACGAGGCCAAGGACUUUUACAAGAGCAAGGGAAUCAACUUGGAUGAGUGA